GAUAACUUAACUCCAGGUCAAACUGUGGAGUUCAUUCGUAUGCAAUGGUCGGGUUUAGGAAUUAAAGUUCUGGCAACGAGCAUGAAUGCGGAGAAGGAUUAGAAAUGCUUUCUUUCACGAAUGAGAUAAUGUACCAUCAAAGCCAGAUAUAUAAUGUCUUCAUCCAUCCUCUGAAUUGAUUCCACAACCACCAAGAUAGAUAUUUACAUCUUUUCAAAAUCUUAAUUGAAACCGUCUUCUCUUGUAAAUAUACAUACAUUUGCUAAAUCAACAAAAUGGCUUUCGCUGCAGCCCCCGCUCCAAAGACCGCUCUUGGUCACUACAGAAUGCUUUCGCCCACAGCAUCAGUUAGAGUGAGCCCUCUAUGCUUGGGAGCAAUGAACUUUGGAAAUGCCUGGGAGAGCUUCAUGGGAGCUUGCGAUCAAAAACAAAGCGAGGAGAUAUUGGACUUCUUCUACGAGUCUGGUGGAAACUUCAUUGAUACCGCCAACAAUUAUCAAGCCGAAGAAUCCGAGAAAUGGAUUGGUGAAUGGGCUGAGAAACGGGGAAUUCGAGACCAACUUGUCAUUGCCACAAAGUUCACAACUUGUUUCCGAGCUGGACAUGGCGACAAAGAAAUUUUGAUCAACACUACCGGAAAUGGAACAAAAUCUCUCCAUUUAUCUCUCGAAGCAAGCUUAAAGAAAUUAAGAACAUCCUAUAUCGACCUUCUGUAUGUUCAUUGGUGGGAUUUUACUUGUUCGAUUCCAGAACUCAUGCAAUCAUUAAACGCAUUGGUCUUGUCCGGAAAGGUUCUAUACCUUGGAAUUUCAGACACGCCAGCUUGGAUUGUAUCAAAAUGCAAUCAAUAUGCUCGUGAUCAUGGAUUCCGUCAAUUCUCAGUGUAUCAAGGACGCUGGUCUGCCGAGAACCGUGAUUUCGAGCGUGACAUUAUCGAUAUGGCUGCUGAUGAAGGGAUGGGACUAGCUCCUUGGGGUGCAUUGGGAGGUGGUCACUUCAAAAGUGACGAGCAACGUAAAUCUGAUGAAGGACGAAAGUUGUGGGAACCAACCGAGGCUGCCAUCAAGAUAUCUAAGGUUCUUGAGAAGAUUGCCAACGAGAAAAAGACCAUCAUUACUAGUGUAGCAUUGGCAUAUGUGAUGAAGAAGGCGAAGUAUGUAUUCCCUAUCGUAGGUGGAAGGAAGAUUGAGCAUCUGAAGGGAAACAUCGAAGCUCUAUCGUUGGAGUUGAGUGAUGAUGAUGUCAAACAAAUUGAGGAGUCAAACGCGUUUGAUAUCGGUUUCCCUCUUAACUUCUUAGGAGGUCCAAACGGAGUGAAGAGUCCAGGUGAUGUGUGGUUGAUGGCAUCAGCUGGUAUAACUGAUCACGUUCAACCAUCUAAGCCUCUUUCACCACACAAGCCAUAAAUGGACGGGAGAAGAGUAGAUGGAAUUGGAUCUGGAUAUGAAGAGAUCCAUAAGUAGAAACAAUCUCAAUUUUUGUAUUUGGAAAGAAUCAAUAUAUCAUAUGCUUUAUUAGUGCAGCGGAUGGAAUGAUACCGGUCCAUGAACGUACUGUGUUUCUAGCUAUUCGUGGACUCCAUUCAAAACCGCGACAACUAGAUCAUUGGUGUACUGCCCGGCGUCUUCCUGUCAUGAAGGUGGACGGCCGUAUGAUGGAAGGACAAUGCAAACUCGGACUGAAAUCUUUUGUACGUUAGAUGGAGUUGGGUACGCUGUUAUCAAGAUUUGAAGAUUAGAGGAUGAUUUGAUGGGUGCCCCCCACUCAGCCUAGUCGUGGCAUACCAAACUGGACAUUCGAUCCUUUCUUAAAUGAACCAAAAGUCAACUACAUAUCAUUUCGGGACCCAAUGAACGGUCCGUUGUUUACUCA